CUCCACCCCCUUUCCACCCCUUGACCCUUUGGUCAACUGCUGCUGUUGUUUCUGCUGCUGCUUCUUCAUCGCCGGCUUGGUUGUAAAAGACAUUGACAUUUUUUUUUUUUGCUGACCGUUUGCUCAGUUGCUUUUCACUGUACUUUGUUGUCGUUGUUUAAUGGUUUUUAUACAUAUUUUUUAGCCAGCUAUUGUUAUUGUUGUUGUUGGUAGCAUCGCAUUACGUCACUUUCACUGUAGUUUGCGGCUUAAGGCAGCAUUUGUGCUUUUGCUGUUGCCUGGCACUGUUUGCACUUGUUUUUUGGGCUACAAACAAGCAAAUUGCAAUAAAAAUGCUCGAAAUUUAUGGUCCACUGGCAUACAUAUAUUUUGUUUGCGAUGAUUUAUCCGAGACUUUUGUUCGCCUUUGCUUUCCGGCGGCACAAUUUAUGCCCGUUUACAUGGUAAACUUUUGCUGUUUUUCCCCAGUAGUUUUACACGUUCAUGCUUUUUGGUUCAAGUUCAUCGGUUGGCCACCGAAUUUGCAACUGGGAUCAGGUUUUGUAGUUAUCGUCUUGAUAGAUGCGUCGUUAAGUUCGCCAAGUUACGCUCGUAUAUAUCAGCGACUAUUUGGUAAACACUCAUCACAAAGUUGAUUUUCAAAAUAUUUAUCGCUGUGAGUCUGUUCAUUACGCAUACGCCAUGUUAACACCCACAUUACGCAUUCGCCCCGUUUGCACAUAGUGUAUGCUAUUACGGCUUUAAUCGAUAAGAAUCGGGCCUAAACAAAGUCAUUAGUCCAAUUAACGUGGCCUGACUGAACAAGCUAAUUUCCCAGUGCCCAAACGGCGGCAAUUUUCGGCCAGUUAUUUUGAAUGGGUCAAUCAUACGAGCAUUAAACAAUGUGGCCUCUGGAAAGCACAGUUUUUAUUUUAUUUUUAGUAGCCCUUCAAGUGCACAGUAUUAAACUGCGACUGGAGCAGUUCUAUGCCAAAUCCUUUGUGCCUGAUGAUCUGUUCGUGGAUUACGACGUUGUCAACUAUGAGAAGAUCAAUGUGAAUCUCACAGUUCAAGUUCCCUUCCCGGGCAAACUCCUCUUGCACAUCUUCGUAAGGAAGCUCUCGGAUCAAGUGAGUGGAUCAAACCAAGUCGAUCUGGUACGCUUGACAAACAGAGAUCUCUGCAAGCUCCUCGAUUCACUUCGCAAUAUCACAGUGGAGGGAGUUCCGGGCGAAAGCCUUUUGCCCUCGACUUUCGUUGUCUCAUGUCCUCUAGUUCCGGGCUUCUAUUAUGUGGAAAAUGGCGUUAUUGAUUCCAAACUGAUUCCCUUCCAAGUCCCUGAAGGCAGAUAUCUUGUACUUUUGGAGCUGAUACAAGUCUACGAGGAAGUUAUGAAGCUCUGUUCCUGCAGAAUCAAGUUCUCCAUCAAAAAACCACCUGGAUACACGGAACCAUCGCUGUUUAAAGAUAGUGAAGAACAUGAAACGACUGACAAGCCAGUGGAGAAAAAUGAAGAAACUAGUACAGAAGUUACUCAGCCGAAAGAGGAUAGCUCGGAAGUAUCAACUGAUUACGAAUAAUUUUAGUUUCGUGUAAGUAAAUAAAUAAAGAUCCAGACAA